CAUUAUUCUUUUCGUUUCGCGGAAUGAAACGCAUUCUGUUCAAAACCUUGAUUCUGUUUUUUGGUUUAUCUGUGGAUGUUUCAGCUGCAUUUUGAUAAUGAUGAUCAGUCUUUGUUGCAGUGAUUUUCAGUCGAUUGAUUUGAUGAUGGAUAUGGUGCUCUGAUUUGAGGAUACGACGAUGACUAACCGAAACGCCGAGCCUUUUCAGGGAGAAUCCGACGAUCCUCCGCCGCCGCCACCUCCUCCUCCGCAGGAUCCUGCUGAUGGUUCUUGUGCUGGAAACACGGUUUUCAAGAGUGGGCCACUUUUCCUAUCAUCAAAAGGGAUUGGAUGGACGUCCUGGAAAAAGAGAUGGUUCAUCCUAACACGUACUUCACUGGUUUUUUUUCGAAGUGAUCCAAAUGCUGUUCCUCAGAAAGGGGGUGAGGCGAAUUUGACUCUCGGUGGCAUUGAUCUCAACAAUUCAGGCAGUGUUGUUGUGAAAAGUGAAAAAAAACUCUUGACCGUGCUCUUUCCUGAUGGUCGAGAAGGACGUGCAUUCACACUCAAGGCUGAAACAUUGGAGGACCUCUAUGAGUGGAAAGCCGCACUGGAAAAUGCUUUGGCACAGGCACCCAGUAGUGCCAAUGCUAAUGGUAUCUUGAAGAAUGAUAAGAUGGAACCAAAUAAUGGGUCUUCAGAGACGUUGAAAGAUGGCCAACCACAACCUGGAAGACCCAGAGUCCUUGGUAGGCCAAUUUUGCUUGCUUUGGAAGAUGUUGAUGGAACUCCCUCUUUUCUGGAGAAAGCCCUUAGAUUUAUAGAAACCCAUGGAGUCAAAGUAGAAGGCAUUUUGCGACAAGCUGCAGAUGUUGACGAUGUUGAACAUCGUUUGCGGGGAUAUGAGCAGGGAAAAAACGAGUUUUCUCCAGAAGAAGAUGCACAUGUAGUGGGUGACUGCGUGAAGUAUGUCAUCCGGGAGUUACCAUCAUCUCCAGUUCCAGCAUCUUGCUGUAACGCUUUACUAGAAGCAAGCAAAACUGAACGAGGUGGCAGAGUCAAUGCUAUGCGAUCUGCAAUAUACGAAACCUUUCCAGAACCAAAUCGCCGUUUACUGCAGAGAAUUCUUAUGAUGAUGCAAACUGUGGCUUCUCAUAAAGCUGAGAAUCGAAUGAGCUCUUCAGCUGUGGCAGCUUGCAUGGCCCCCUUACUCCUUCGUCCUCUUUUAGCUGGUGAUUGUGAAAUUGAAACUGAUUUUGACGUGGGGGGUGAUGGUUCCAUUCAACUUCUUCGUGCAGCUGCCGCAGCAAACCAUGCUCAAGCCAUAGUUAUUACUCUACUGGAGGAGUAUGACAAAAUUUUUGGGGAAGGUUCUAUGUCCCCUAUAUUAUACUCUGAUUCAGAAGAGAGUGGAAGUGAGAGCGAGGAGGCAAGUGAUGGUGAUAUGUCUUAUGAUGAUGAAGAACAAGAUGAUGCUACUGGUUCUGAUGUGGCAACAGACGAUGAGCUGGAAUCAACUGGAACCUGUACUGAGAGUGUCGGCUCUGGGGAGCAUGAUUUAUAUGAUGAUAAGGGUUCUGAAGUAUUGAGUACUAGUUCGAAGAAUUCCGAUAUGUGUGAUGUAAAUGGAAUGAAGCCAAAGUCAUCAAAGGAGAGAAUCCAUGACAAAACUGAUCGAGGUAGGGGUAGUUCACCAAUUAAGGAUGAGAAGUCCUGUGAAGUUGAAUGUGCAUCCGAAAGCUUUGAAGGUUCUCCAACUACAUCUAAUAAAAGUUCCAACACGACAAAGCGUCUCACCAUUUGGGGACGCACGCCUGCAAAGAAGAAACUCUCCUUGGAAUCCAUUGAUUAUGAUUUCGGCGAAGAGGUUGAGAUUCAGAGACUUGAGGCCACUAAAUGUGAACUGCAAAAUAAAAUCGUGGAGGCGGCGCGAGAAAAUGCGAUUCUCCAAUCCAGUUUGGAAAACCGAAAGAAGAUCUUGCAAGAGCGUCGUCUAACUCUUGAGCAAGAAGUAGCAAGACUAAGAGAACAGUUGCAAAGGGAGAAAGAUCCCUCAGCUAAUGUUAGUGAAAAGACAAAGGCAGAUCUUGGAGAAAGCAAUCGAGGCGAGAAAGACACUGCCAAUAUAAACAACACAAUGGAUGAAUUUGUAGGACUGCUUAAUAGGAUACGUGAUCAGAAAAGUAACCUACCUGAUUUACGUAAUGUCUCCCAACAAAUGCAGAAUCAUCAAACAAAAUUGAAGGACAAGAGGAAGGAUGCUGGAAGUUUAGUCCCUCCUGAACACUCCAGAAAUAAGGAUGUUCUUUCCGGUCAUGCAGAAAUAAGUAAACAUUCCCCUCUACACCAGCAUCUAGAUCCUCAUAAUCCCAGUGCCAAAAUAGGUGUAUUGGCAACCAAUUUCGCAACGGGUCUAACCAAUCCUAAGAGGACUGGUGCGAGGAUGGAGCUGGGACCAAAUCACAAUUCUUCAGCACUGACGAAACUGACGACCAGACUCAACUUCUUGAAGGAGCGUCGCAGCCAGAUAGCAAAUGAACUCCAGAAUAUGGACCGGGGACGAGUUUCGGGCCAAUCAACCGACGGUUCUGAAAAGGGCAGGGGAGUUGAAGCUCAGCGCUCAGUCCAAAACUCAGAUGACACUAAAGGGUCUGCUGACAAUCUCCAAUCCAUUCAGGACUUCGAUAAGCGAGCGGGAAGCCAAGGCAGCCAGCCCCAAAAAUCAGAUGCCAGAUAAAAGGAUGAAGAACAGGAGGCCAAAACCAAAGCAGCAUUUUGGAUAUAGAGAGGAGGAAGACCAGAGAGUCAACUUGGCCUUAAUACACAAAAAGGUAACUUCAAGGACAAGUAAUAGAAUGAAUGAUGAUACUGGCGGAGAGUGUUUUAAGAUUAAGAAAGAUAUCUUCUUUGGAGUUGUGAGUGAAGAAGAAGAAUGAAAAAUGCCAAGAUGUACAGAUGGAACCAGUUUCUUGAUCAAAGCUGCUGAAUUUAUUUGCCUUUUUGGUUUUUAUUUUUAUCUUGUAUAGCAAGGAUUGUCCCACUGUUGUGAUUCCAUUUUUUUUUUUAUUUUUCUAAGCUUACCGCUUGAACUACUACUAUGCCUACUGGUGGCGGUUACCGACCAAUCUCAGCUGAUUAAGGCAUAUAUUUGGCCAAAAUAUUGAUUUAAAUUUUCAAUGUCUC